CGUCACUUUCAUUUCCAACCAAUUUCCCCUUUUCCUUCUCCUCCUUCUUCACUGCAAAAUCUCACUCUACUCAGAGCAAAUCCCCCCCCAAAAAACAGCAACAAUGGCGCCGGUCAAGUUCCUCUGCAGCUACGGCGGCCGGAUCGUCCCACCCCGCCACGGAGAAACCAAGCUCCGAUACGCCGGCGGGACGACCCGGGUCCUCUCCGUCAACGACCUCGACUCCUUCCCCGACCUCAUGUCCAAGCUCGCCGAACUCUGCGGCGAGGCCGCCGUCGAGAUCCGGUGCCCGCUCCCCAACGGCGAUCUCGAGACGCUCGUUUCAAUCAAGUCCGGCGAGGAGCUCGCCGCCGUCGUGGAGGAGUACGAUCGGUUCUCCCCUGGCUCCAAGAUUCGCGCAAUUCUCACCACGUCCAAGAAGCAGGACACCCUCGUCUCCCCUCCGCCAUCUGUGAUUAGCGCCGGCGAUUACUCUCCCGUCAAGAAACCCGCUCCUUCUCCCUCCUUCCUCCCGCCUUCACUCGCCGUCGGGCACCCGGUAGUUUAUCUGCACAACCGCGAUUCGUGCGGGUUCGGGUACCGGAAUUACUACCCGAAUUACGCGAAUGCGCAGGUGGUUUCGUAUUGGAAUCCCGUCUGUGAUUGCUUGAGCUGGCGCAAUUGAGAUGGCAUGGAAGGGAUCGCAUUUGGGGGAUUGGAAGAUUUGGGGGAAUUUUGAGGAACAAAUUUUAGGGUUUUCUUGAAUUCCUUUCUGCCGGCAGGAGCUUUCUAGGCCUUUCUUACCAUUGUACAUUUGUAUAUAGUACUACUAGUAAAUAUGAAAUAACAAUUUUGUACUUGAUUUGUUGACCAAAUUUUGUGUAUGAUAAUGAAUAAGGGUUUCGUCU